CAAACAGUGACUCAUAAACCCCUCUCUUCUCUUCAUGCCUCAUUUGGUAUCUCCCCCAGAGAGAAGGAAUUUCUGGGGUUUUCGCUUUCAAACCCUUUUUUUGGGUUUCCUGGAAAAUUGAAUUCGCUCCAAAUAAAAUAUUUUCCUUCGCUUUCCCCAUAAAAAUUUCAGAGAACAGGGGAAAGAAAAAGGCGGAAAUCCGUAGUUCCUAUAUCGUGCCACAUUCUUUGAAGCAGUUUUGUAUCCGCCAACUGGGAUCGCGGCAAAUGUCAGAGAAACCAAAAAUCGAAAAUCGAUAAUUGGGAGAAGUUGAGUAUAUAGGGUUUUAUGUAUCGUUUGCUGUGUUUGUCGAUCAGUGGGAUCGGGAUUCGGAGGAGAUUGAUUGUAGCGGUGGAGAAAAGUUAGGGUAUGUUGUUUCCCUUACUUUCCCGAGCAAAUCUCAUACAGAGGAAAAAAACACGAAAAUUGGUAGGGGCACAUUCUUUGGAGAAGUAAAGUAGCUAGGGUUUUGUGUAUCGGUUGUUGUAUUUUUCAAUUGGUGAGAUCGGGAAAAGGGGGAAAUUGAUUGUAGCGGUGGAGAGGAGUUAGGGUAUGUUAUUUUGGCUCACUUUCCCGAGAAAAUCUGAGAAAGAAAAAACCAAAAAUUGAUGCUUGGCCAUCGCGACACAUUCUUUGGAGACGUUAAAUAGCUAGGGUUUUAUUCAUGGUUUCUGCAUUCAUCAAUCAGUGAGAUCACGGUUUGGGAGUAGAGUGGUUUAUCGGUGGAUAGCAGUUAGGGUUACUGAAAAUUGGAGAUGGAGGGUGCGGAUCGGAUGGAUGAUCGGACAUUUAGGGUUAAUUUUAGUGGAGAUGGAGCGGCGAGGUUGAGGGAGAGAGUGAAGGAGAAGCUGAAGGAGUUCAUGGGGGAUUACACGGACGACACCCUUGUGGAAUAUGUGAUCGUCUUACUUAGAAAUGGCAGGCGCAAGGAAGAAGCAAGGAAUGAGUUGAAUGUAUUUCUUGGGGAUGACAGUCAUUCUUUUGUAUCUUGGCUGUGGGAUCAUCUGGAUUCCCAUCUGCAAUUGUAUGUACUGCCACAAGAGUCUUAUCCUGAUGAAAUAGCUGAAACGAAACAUACGUUGGGGGAGCACACUGAAAGAAAUGAUUCUCUGCAUUUGGACUCUGAAUCUGAAAGAGGAAACUCUUUAAGGUCAAGAAGCCGGCAUAAUAGGGAGUGGAAAGGGCUAGCAAGGGAUGGAGCUGAACCCCCUCCUCUUCGAAGUUCUGAGGAUGACCAUGUCCAAACUGAGGAGAAAACUCAUCGUAAAGUUGGUCAUGCCAAACGGUCUCUUUCUCCUAAGCAUCCAAAUCAGAAGAAAAGGAAUCGACCUGAUGAUCUGAAACAAGCAAAGAGGGAGGUAGUGUCUCAAGCAACCAUUAAUGCACCUAGACGGCUUCUUCAAUUUGCAGUGCGAGAUGCCGUAGCAACUUCAAGGCCAUCUAAUUUGGCUGCAGAGCCCAAAUUGAAGCGUCUUCGUUCUGUAGUUUCUACAUCCACUGGAGACUCAUCCUUGGAUGACCGUCCUCAGAGACUUCAGUCGGUUGCAAGAAUGCCAAGUGCCAUGGCAACUGCAAUUAAAGCUGUAGCAGAAGCUGCUGAGGAUGUCAUAAAAGUUAGAUCCUCCGGGAAUGUAUUUGACCGACUUGGUCGUGGGCCUCGUGGCAUGGAUUUAUCAGAGGUCAGUGACCAACAAGCUGGAUUUAGAGAAACUGGUACUGAAGAUGGAGGAUAUGAAGAUUUUAAACAAAUUCCUGAAAAAACUCGCUCAACUCAUCUUCAGAGAAGUGCCUACAGUGAACAUUAUGCUGGGAAUGUGACUAUGUUGGAAAGUGAAACUGGGUUGGCUUCUGAUUCUGCAUCCGACAAUGAAGGAUAUGAUGAUGUCAAUCUGAUGGGUCGUAGGAUUAUGGAUGUUUCUCAGUCUGGUACAACUGGUGGAAAUAAGGGUGAUGAUUCACUUAUGGUGCAGUACAGUGUGGCUAAGAAUGCUGAUGAAGGUAUGCGAACAAUGCGAAGUAUAGAUCAGGGUCAGCCUAGUGCUGUAGCAAACACCUCUCGUAAGAUUGUGAAUAUCUCUGUAAAUGUGAAUACAUGGAAACCACCAGCUCAUUAUCAGGGACCAAGAGAGGUUGAGGAAGUAGAUGGUCAGAAACCUGUGCAGGGGAAUGAGACAGGCACUGGCAAAUCUGGUGUGCGGUUAAUGAAGGCAAAUGGAAACCCUGUCUCGGUUGGCAAUGGAAAUGCAAAACCUGCUGUAGAUACUCAGAGAGAGUCUCAGAAGAUGCAGCCAUCUGCUCCUGGUUCAUAUUCUACUGGUCGUCCUCUAGAGGAUGCUGAUUCUCGGACCAUUUUUGUUAACAAUGUUCAUUUUGCUGCAACCAAGGAUAGUCUUUCUCGGCAUUUUAAUAAGUUUGGGGAAGUGGUAAAAGUGAUUAUAGUAACUGAUGCUGCUACAGGGCAACCAAAGGGGUCGGCCUAUGUAGAGUUCAUGCGAAAAGAGGCUGCAGAACAUGCUCUUUCUCUUGAUGGCACCUCCUUUAUGUCACGUAUUCUCAAGGUUGUGAAGAGAAGCUCUACCCAUCAAGAAGCCGCUCCUGGCAUGUCAUGGCCCCGCAUUGCCCGGGGUUCUCCCUUUGCUGCUGCUAGGUUUGCUAGAGUUCCUUUCCAAAGAGGUAUCCCUGGUGCAUUUAGGGCCCGCCUUCCAGUUAAGCUUGGUGCAAGGAGCUUGCAGUGGAAGCGCGAUGCUCAGCCCACUCUAGCUGAGAGUGGUGCUCCAGCGUCCAACAACAGUGUUCCCUCUCCUACUGCUCGUAGCCUCACCUAUGUCCGAACAGAGCCUAAGCCAGAUGGAAAUUGAGGUACCACAUAGCUCACAAGAUUACUCUUUUGCCCUUAAAGCUCGCGCCGUUCACAAUCACACCAAAGUUCGAUCACCCAUGAACAAAACCUGAAAAACCUGUUUUUCAUCAGAAUAUUGUUUAUCUGCGUGACGGAGAACAUCUUGCAGGUUAGAGGCUCAAAAAGUGGAGUAUGGGGAAAGAUUAGAUUUCCUUUCUUUCCCCACUUAAAUAUUUUUUUUUCUCUUUUUUUGUUCAUUUCUUUUUGUCAAAUUGGGGGUUUUGGUCAAUGGGUAGUGGUUCUUUGUUCAGUUCUUUUUAUUUGGUAAGUAUCCAAAGGUUAUAUACCAUUAGAUUUGCAAUCUGUGAAUAGGGGAUGGAUUGGUUGUUGAAGAUUAUUUUCUGUUUUUUGACAUAAAAAUGGAAAAAGGAAAAAAAGAAAAAAAGGAAGGAAAACAAGAAAGAGAAAAAAAAUAGAGGCUUAAGGCAUCUGUUUGGUUUC